ACAUAAUCUUCAACUUCAUUCACCAUAGUCUUCAUCUUCAUCUUCUUCAUCUAUAUGAUACCCAGAAAAUGUUUCUGCAGAGAAACUCCAUAGCUUUGCUGGUGAUUCCCAUUAUUGCAGUUCUUGCAUAUUUCAUUGUCAUUGAUGAUAGUAAUCCAAACAAGCAGUCGUUUAUGUGCGAUUUAUUGUCGUCGUUCUCUUCGAGUCAUCGUCGUCCUCAUCACCACCACCACCACCACAAGAAACGACGACCUGAUGAUAGCAGCAGCGGUGAUAUUAUUAGCAAUUUAUGCGAUGAUUUCCCGCCGGGGAUUCCGCCGGAGAAUACCAAUACGACGACGUAUCUGUGUGUGGAUCGACGAGGGUGCUGCAAUUUCACCACCGUGCAAGCAGCCGUAAAUGCUGUCCCAGACAACAGCAAUAAACGAAACAUCAUUUGGAUUAAUAGUGGCCUUUAUUAUGAGAAAGUGAUGGUGCCUAUAACCAAACCAAACAUCACAUUUCAAGGGCAAGGCUACACUUCAACGGCGAUUGCAUGGAACGACACUGCCAAGUCAGCAAACGGCACAUUCUAUAGCGGCUCCGUCCAAGUCUUCGCCUCCAAUUUCAUUGCCAAAAACAUAAGCUUUAUGAAUGUGGCACCAAUUCCAGGUCCAGGAGUGGAAGGAGCACAAGCAGUGGCAAUAAGAGUUGGAGGAGAUGAAGCUCAGUUCUGGGGAUGUGGCUUUUUUGGAGCUCAAGAUACUCUUCACGAUGAUAAAGGUCGCCAUUACUUCAGAGAUUGCUAUAUCCAGGGCUCUAUUGAUUUCAUCUUUGGCAAUGCAAGGUCUCUCUAUGAGAAUUGUCAAAUAGUGUCAAUGGCGAACCCAGUACCGGCAGGACAAAAGUUCAUAAACGGCGCCGUUACAGCGCAUGGGAGAACAACAAACGACGAAAACACGGGCUUUGCUUUUGUGAACUGUAGCAUAGGAGGCUACGGAAGAAUAUUGUUGGGUCGGGCUUGGCGUCCUUAUUCUCGUGUCGUUUUUGCUUUUACGACGAUGUCUGAUAUCAUCGCCCCCGAAGGUUGGAACGACUUCAAUGACCCUGCAAGAGAUCAGACAAUAUUCUAUGGAGAAUACAACUGUACAGGAGCAGGGGCUAAUAUGAGUUUGAGGGCACCAUAUGUGCGGAGAUUAAAUGAUACAGUUGCUUCUAAUUUCCUUAACACAUCCUUUAUUGAUGGAGACCAAUGGUUGUUUUUCACUCCCAAUUAAUAUUGAUGUUGAUAUUAAUAUUAAUUCUCUUCCUCUGUAUAGUGCUAAAUCUGUAAUAGCAUGUAAACAUUAAUAAAAAAAAUUGCACAUAAUUAUUCUUUUAA